CUGGCCAUCAGCAGACCCAUGAGCUAUCACAAGUGGAACACCAAGAGAUGCGCCGCCAUGAUGAUCACGUGCGUCUGGGUGCUGGCGACCGUCAUCUGCAUCACGCCGCUGUUCGGCUUCGGUGUGCGCGAGCAGGGCAUCCGCAACCAGUGCCUGCUGACGGGCGGCGUCGGUUACGUCAUCUUCUCGGCGGCCGGCUCGUUCUUCGUGCCGCUGUGCGGCAUCUUGUUCAUGUACUAUCGCAUCUACGUGCUCGCCGGCUACCACACGCGCCGCAUACGCAACGAGCGCAAGUACAUGAAGGAGAUCUCGAGCUACUACAGCGCGCAGGAGACGCUCGGCGUGCCCGGGACGCCACGUGCGCAGACGAACGGCGGCGCGCAGAGGUCAAGAGGGAGCCCGCACGUCGGCGACGCGCAUCGUAAAAGUCGCGCGACGUUCAGAGAGUCGCGGACGAAUCGCUUAACGGCUCCCGUGCGCAUCCGCGUAACGAGCGAAGCGAACGCGCCCGCCGAAUUCCCGACGACGGACGACAACAGUUCGGACGAGUCCGGCAAACACAAGAGCAGCGAGAUCGCGCGCCGCGUCGCGCACGUCAAGAACAGCAUCCGACACUUCAGCAAGGAGAAGCGCGCCGCGAAGACGCUGGCUAUCGUCGUCGGCUGUUUCGUCGUCUGCUGGCUGCCGUUCUUCACCGUCUACAUCGUCGAGGGCGUCUGCGCGUCGUGCCGUGUGCCGACGCUCGCGUUCAAGUUCGUCUUCUGGCUCGGCUACGUCAACUCGUGUCUGAACCCGGUCAUCUACCCGUGCUCGAACCGCGAGUUCCGACGCGCCUUCAAGAAGCUGUUGAAGCGCGUCGGCCGCAAGCUGGUCGAGACGAAGCAGGACUACUACUACUGGUACGUGAAUUCGACGCCGUCGCCGUUGCCGCGCGACAAGCGCUGCCGGACGGCGGGCGCGGGAAUUAACAACGUCGGCUCGACGCGCCGGAAUUACGUAUGUGGGGAUCGGCGCGUGCUAGUGGCGCCGCUCACGAGGAGCGUGUCUUUCCAGACGCUCAGCGCGACGGCGCCGCUACAGGCGUAUCUGAGCGUCGCGACGAGCGCCAGGCUGCAUCUAAGCCACGCCGACUUCCUCACCACGUCGUUCACGUCGCCUCCGCCUCGGGCCGACGCGGCGCCGACAGCGACCGAGUACGCAGCGCCAAUCACGCGCAGUUGUUCGCAGCUCGUUGUGCGACAGGUGGUCGCCGACGGUGACCUAAAUAUCGCGAGGACAAACACUGCUGAUCGACGGCAGGAAGACGUCGAAUUAGCUGACGACGAUACAGUCGUUAGAGAAGGCACGGCGCAAUGUCAGCGACGUUCGUCCGGCCGUGCAUUCUAUUCGCGUGAAACUAACGUGACAUCGAGACUCUGA